AUGGCGCAAUGCCAAUCACUCUUGAUUGCAAACAUGCAGUUUAAACUACUGUUUUUUGUUUUGCUUUUUGCCGCAACAGCUUGUGCUGAACCGAAAAGCUAUGAGGGCUAUAAAGUUUACAAAGUUGUUCCCAAAACAGCUCAUGAAGUGGAAAGUCUGCUGAAAGUGAAAAUAAGUGGUAUAGUCGAGUUUUGGGAUGAGGGUGUUGAUGUAAACCACAAUGUGAAGAUAACGGUGUCACCAGCACAUGAAGCAGAGUUUAUUGAAAUUCUACAAAGAGAUAAUAUUGAAGCGACGCUAGUCAUUGAUGAUAUGCAAAGAGCCAUCGAAGACCAGAUAGAUCCUGUCUCCAGACGUAAAGGAAGCGGAAGCAGCGGUGGUAGACCCAGUGGUGGUAGUAGUGUAAGUGGUAGACCAGGGUCUACCGGUAGCAGCAGCAGUGGUACAGGAACCACCGGCAGCAACGGCUUUUUAACCUAUUACGCGUAUACAUCUAGAAGUCAUCGUAACAGAAGAACGUAUCAACGUAAUGCCGAUACAUUAUUCUCAUUCACAUGGGACAAAUACAACACAUUAGAUACCAUAUAUUCCUGGCUUGAUGAGUUAGCAGAGGCUUUCCCAAACAUUGUAAAAACUGUAGUCAUGCCAGGUCAAAGCGUAGAAGGCAGACAGAUCAAAGGAAUCAUCAUUGACUAUCACCCAGAGAGAACGGAGAAGAAAAUUGGUAUGUUUGAGGGUGGGCUUCAUGCUAGAGAGUGGAUUUCACCAGCAACUGUUACAUGGAUAAUUAAAGAGUUUUUGGCGAGCGAUGAUCCUCAAGUUGUAGCGUUGGCUACUAGUUUCGAAUGGCAUAUCUUCCCUGUUGUCAACCCUGAUGGAUACUCUUAUACCUUCACAGACCGAAGACUGUGGAGAAAGAACCGCAGCAGGCUUAAUUUCACGUCCUGUGUGGCGUCUGGUGUUGAAGAUGACUUGAGCAAUGGCGUUGAUCUGAAUAGAAACUUUGAUUUUGAAUGGAACACGGAGGGAACAUCAGAAGAUCCCUGUUCGAACCUUUUCCCUGGGCCAUCACCAGCAUCAGAGCCUGAGACUCAAGCCAUACAACAAUAUGUCCUGAAUCUAAGGCAGCAAGGAGAGAUCAUUUACUACAUUGCAUUCCAUUCCUACACUCAGUUGAUCAUCGUACCAUACAGUCAUCUGAAUUCGAACUGGGUGUUGCAGAUUCCAGAUUUUGCUCAAAUGUUUGAAAUAGCUGCGAGAGCGGCUGACGCAUUAGCAAGCAGGAACGGCACUACAUACAGAGUUGGUCUUUCAGCGGACGUUAUGUACUUGAUGAGCGGUACGAGUUUCGACUGGGUUAAGAGCAACGGUGUUCCAGUAUCUUACCUAAUAGAACUUCGAGAUGUGGGCGAAUAUGGUUUCCUGUUACCGGCAGAACAAAUCAUCCCGAACAAUCUGGAAAUCAUGGAUGCUUUACUUGAGAUGGACAGAGCGACAAGAGAUCUAAAUAUUUACACGCGAGAAUCUUCUGCGGGGUCCGUUGUGACUUCAAUGAUUUUGGUGGCAUUUGGUGUUAUAAUCACUGUUAUCUAUAACAUUAGGAAACACGACCUAAAUAUUUUAUAUUUAUGCGUGAUUAAAACAAAUCACACGUAUUCGGAAGGAGUUAAAAUGGUUUUCAAAGUAAUAGCCCUUUUAGGGCUCUUAGCCUUAGCAAAUGCUAUGGUGAGCUAUGAAAACUACAAAGUUUACAAUAUUGUGCCGAAGUCAGAAGCUGAAGUGCAAAUGCUUAAUGAUCUGAAGAAAGACGGUUAUGAAUUCUGGACGGAGAUAUUGGAAGUUGGCAGCGAAGUGAGAAUAAUGGUGGCCCCUGUUGAAGAUGAGCAGUUUUCGAGUUACGUCAAAAGAGUAAAUCUUGACGCGAAGGUUAGCAUUGCUAAUGUGCAAGAGUUAAUAGACGCUCAACUGAAGACCGCCAUCCCCAAUGCUAAUUCUCGCAGCAGUACACUGGGUGGCAUGUCUUGGGACAGAUUCUACGGCUUGGAUAACAUCUACAACUGGUUGGAUGAGCUAGAAACUCUUUACCCUGAUGUGGUCACUACUGUCAAUAUUGGGACCACUUUCGAGAACCGUCAGAUUAGAGCCAUCAUGAUUGACUUCAAGCCUGGUCAGAGAGGCGAAAGACCUUUGACGGCGAUGAUUGAAGCAGGCCUUCAUGCCAGAGAAUGGAUUUCACCAGCCACCGCUACAUGGAUCAUCAAAGAAUUUCUGACAAGUGAUGACCCUGCAGUUAGGAGCAUGGCGGAGACAUUUGUGUGGCAUAUUAUUCCCGUUGCUAACCCUGAUGGAUAUGAUUAUACUUUUACAAAUGAUCGAAUGUGGAGGAAAAAUCGAAACACCGCCAACCACGUCAUGUGUGGAACUAAUGCCGAUGCAGGCAACGGUAUUGACUUGAAUAGGAACUUUAACUUCCAAUGGAUGGUCACUGGAGCCUCAGCUAACCCGUGUGAUCAGACCUACGCCGGCCCCUCUGCUGCCUCCGAGCUUGAGACCCAAUCCAUCUCCAACUACGUCCUCGCACUGCAGAGGACUAGCGAGAUCAUCUACUACCUGGACUUCCACUCAUACUCGCAAAUGAUCCUAGUACCGUACAGCCACGUGAGCGGCAUCGACGUACUGCAAGCUCCUAACUACGGUGAUAUGUUUGAAGUCGCUAUCCGCGCUGCAGAUAAGUUGGAGGCCAGGCAUGGAACACGCUACGCUGUCGGCACAUCCCUAGAAAUUUUAUAUGCUGUAACUGGUUCAAGCUUUGACUGGGUAAAGGGUGUCGUGGGCGUGCCGAUUGUGUACCUCUUCGAAUUAAGAGACGUCGGCUUGUACGGGUUCCUACUGCCCCCAGAAGACAUUAUCCCCAAUAAUGAGGAAAUCAUGGACGCGCUCCUAGAACUGGAUAGGGCGACCAAACAGUUGGGUUACUAUACUGGCGCAGGGACUGUUUUCAGUUCUGUUGUGUCUUUGGUUAUUUCUGCGUGUAUGUUGGUAUUGCUCCAAUAAU